CGGGGAGGGGGUCAGAGUUGCGAUGGGACUGUUCGUGAGAUAGCUCCGCUGAAUAACCGGCUCCGUUGGCACCACGGGAGGAGUCGCGGUGUGUCCCGGCGCUCCGCAGCAGGGAUAUAUUAAGAUACAACAUUGAGUAAUCAAGACAUCCGGUGUGCUGGGAACACCCAACUUUACCUCAAUGUAUCCUAUGUUAACAGUUUUGAGUAUGUUUUAUUACAUUUGCCUGCGGCGCAGAGCCAGAUCUGGUACAAGAGGAGAAAUAAUGAACAGUCGGCGAGCUAUCGAGUCAAGCAAUCGCAUCCUACCUCUCAGUGUUGAAGUGGUGCAGCAUGUCAAAGAAGUGGUGGACUUCAGUUCUCAGUACGGCAGUGAGAACAGCUUGUCCUAUACCAUGUGGAAUUUGUCUGGACUUCCCAAUGUUUAUCCAAGUUCUGGUGACUUCACUCAGACCGCUGUGUUUCGAACAUAUGGAAAAUGGUGGGAAAAGUGCCCGAGUUCCCCUCCUCCUUUCAGGAGGAUGCCUCAUACUUUUCGGAGCCAGGAGUACGUUGAGCUUGUAUUUGAAGAGGCUGUGUAUCCAACGGCUAUUGAUGUUUUGGAAACGUAUCACCCCGGAGCAAUUGUUAGGAUCUUGGCGUGCUCAGCAAAUCCUUACUCUCAGACUCCUCCAUCAGAAAUUAGAUGGGAAACUCUAUGGGCAGGGGAACCUGAGAAAGUGAAUAUCUCACAGGCUCGCCAGUUUACACCGUGCAUUAAACAAAUUAACUUCACCACAAACUUGAUUCGCCUGGAACUGAACAGUUCUCUCCUAGAAUACUAUACUGAAUUGGAUGCUGUACUGCUACAUGGUGUCAGGGAUAGACCUCUUUCCCUACAUAAACCAUCCAUGUUAGAUCUGGACGAUGAAGACAAGGAAGAUCAUAGUAGAGAAUUCUUCAAUGAACAGUUCAGUGAAAAGAUCUUACCUGAAUUUACCAAGAAUGGUUAUUUUGGAAAGCUGCCUUAUGAGCUAAUCCAGCUGAUUCUCAGUCACCUGACAGUGCCAGACCUUUGCCAGCUGGCACAGACUUGCAAGUUGCUGCACCAGCACUGUUAUGACCCUCUUCAGUAUGUCCAGCUCAGUUUACAACCUUACUGGGCAGGUCUGGAUGAUGCCUCUUUGCAGCACCUGGAAUCACGCUGUGCUCUUGUGCAGUGGUUAAAUCUGUCUUGGACAGGGAAUCGAGGAUCCAUCACCAUGCAAGGAUUCAGCAGGUUUGAUAUCGCUAACUUUGAGCCUCUGAGGAAAGCCACCACUACAACCUGCAACCUGAUCAUCUCUGAGGCUGAGUACGCAGAUGUUUCCAACGAAUGGACAGUCGCAAGGCUGCGGGACCGGACAGCAUCCCAGGGUGAGUCUCAUCAGACUGAUUAA